ACCAGCAAUCAUGACCAGCAAUAAUAUCCAGAUCGCAGCCCUUGGACGACCGUUGCACCCAGGAAUGCUGUAUGACUGUCGCAAUGACAGCUUCAUUCCAGGUGUCACAUUGUGGGAUGCUGAAGAUAUUGAAAAGAACAUGACCGUACAUGAACAGAACCAAACAAAAUCUGAAAUCACUGCCUCUGACUCUCUUAGUAAGAAGUCCAGCCUGCUGGAUGUAAGUGCCUCCCUGAAGGCGAGUUUCUUAGGGGGCCUGGUUGAGGUAGGAGGGUCAGCAAAGUAUCUCAAAGACACACUGACCACGGAAAGUCAGUGUAGAGUGACUAUGCAUUACAGCCAGAAGACUGUGUUUAAGCAGCUCAAUAUGAAGAAUAUUGGCAAAAUAACUUGUGCAGAUGUGAUUAAACAUGGAACAGCCACUCAUGUUGUCACAGGUGUGCUGUAUGGAGCUGAUGCCUUCAUGGUUUUUAAUCAGACUGCUUCCAGGAAUGAAGAUAAGCAGGAAAUUCAGGGUACAUUGGAAGUCAUGAUCAAGAAAAUUCCAACAAUUCCUAUCAGUGGCAGCGGAAAACUAAAAAUAAAAGAGGAGGAACACAAAAAGGUGGAGAAAUUCCAGUGCACCUUCUAUGGUGAUGUCAUACUGAAAGAAAAUCCAACUACCUACAUGGAAGCAGUUAAAGUGUAUAAAGACCUGCCAAAGCUUCUAGGAGAGAGAGGAGAGAAGGCUGUCCCAAUGACAGUGUGGCUUUACCCUCUGAAGUACCUGGACAAGAGAGCAGCCAAGUUAGUGAGGGAGAUCAGUGAGAACUUGAUUAUAAAGGUGGAAACUGUCAUGGAAGACCUUCAGAGAGCUACCAUCACAGUCAAUGAGUUGCUGCAAAUCAGUGAGACCAUUCAGGCUACUGAUAUACAGGACAAACUGAAAACAUUUCAGGAGAUGCUCAGGCAAUACGAGAUAACUGUCCAGAAAAAGAUGUCAGUGCUUAUUCCAACUAUCCAUAAUGGAGAGACCGGUGAAGACACAUUGGUGCAAAUUCUUAAAUCCCACUCCAGCUCACCUUUUACAACAGAAAUGAUGAAGAAAUGGCUGGAUGAAAAGCAGAGUGAAUGUGAGGUGCUCAGAUCUUACACUGAUGCCUUUGAAAAUCAAAAAAAUGUCCAAAUAGUGUCUCCUGCACAGUAUAAUGGAUUUAUUUGCAACCCGCAGUAUGAGGCAAUCAUCACAUUUGCCUUCACCUCCCUGAAGUACGAAGAGCCAUACAUUUUGGAUCUCACAAAAUUUCUCCAUUCUGAAGAGCUCAUGAAACAAAUGAACACUGAAGUUUCCAUUGGGAAAGCCAUUAUGGAUGACAAGUCUACCCCAUGGUUUCUCACACCUGACGUAUCACAGACCAUGAGAGACACUUUUUACCUGUUCAAAGAAUUUUCGGAUGUCAACAAAGAAGAAAAGAAAAGCAAAUUCAUCAUCACCUACAUCUCUGACCCCACUCAUCCUGGGGCCUCCAUCUAUCUCCAUCAAAGAGGGAAGCUGGUGGAUACCCAGUACAAACCCAUAAUAAAACCAGCUACACCUGAAGUACUUGACACUGGGGAAUACAAUAUAUCCUUGAAGCUGCAGUCAUCUCCAGCCUUAAAGCCUAUGCAAUUCAAAGUGGACUGCAAGAAGGAAGAUGGAGGGCAAGGCUGGAAUAAUAUAACCCCACCGAGAAAGCAGACGUCAUGGAUCAUCCCAUGGACGCAGCCAGACACUGUGUUCCUUCUAAGGUUCUCGCCAGUCUCAGAGUCACCAAGCACAGUGACACCCUGA